UCGCCAGCACCACGUUCACCGUUAGCACUGGCCCAUCCACCCCGCUCGCCUCAGGGCACCCCAACCACCCAGACGCACUCGCUGUGUGGCGACACCCCGUGGAACACGCAUCCAACAGAUACUUUUCCGAAUUCGUUUUCAAUCCAGCUACGUCCUGUUACGGAUGCAGACGCGUCGCCUCCGUUGUGAUACCAGAUACACAGAUACAACAGCAGGUCUAGGGCCACCAGCACCAGAGAUUCGAGUGCCAUAGAUACUUAGCCUAAUUACGCCGCGGAUUAAAUUAUUAGAACACUUAAAUCCGCAGGAUUUGCCAAUCAAAUCACAUCGUAUCGCACUGAGCCGCCGAAUUGAAUCGAAAUCAUAUCACAGAAGGUGCUUCGCGAGUGAGACUGUGUGCGCGUGUGUGUGCUUUGUGGAAACGGCAGCGAGAUUAAAAACAUAUCCCCGAGUUACUUAAAAUUAAUCACUAACAUAAUCACUGUGAUUUUCAUUGUUUGAUCUGCCGACGUCAGCAGCGCGUGUGCGAAAACUGUUUUUACGGCUAGAGCGGCUCCAUUAAAUGCCGCUUCGCAUUUGAUUAGCAAUCUGUUGCAACGACAAUAGCACCUACCGAGAUCCCCGAGAUUUAUAGCCACGCUGCCCACGCGAAACAUCCGAAAGAUUUUCGGAGAUUUUCCCAGAUCUCCCAUUGAAAUGCUGGCCAUCUGAUUUACUGACGGGCCCACGACAUUUGCCCCCAAGAAGAGCCAUCAAAGUUCGCCUUUGAGACACCCAUUCCGGAUCGACGGAACCAGCGGAACCGACGGAAGUUCGUUCCCACCACCUAGUGGAUUAACUUGAAUUCCUGUCCCAACAUUCAGAGCUUUUCGGGCUCUCGCAACGGCUGCAUCUUGGAUUUGCUCUCACCACAGUUGGAAGAUACCGGCCUCAAGACGACGACUUUCCUGCAGCACUUCAAGGACGUCGUCACGACGAAGUUCACGGGGAGGGACCACCACCUGCCGCCGCUGCACCCCGCGCACCCCGCCCACCCGGCGCACCAGCAGUCGGCGCUGCACCACCACCACCACCAGCAGCAGAGCUUCUCCACCAUUUUCCCCACGUAUCUCGGCAUGGACCGCUCCUCCGCCGUCGGCGGUUGCGGCGGGGGCGGCGGUCUGGGAGUGGGCGUGGUCACCAGCUCGGCCACGGCCCUGGGACCGGGUGGCCUGACCAACGGCGGAGGGGGAGUGGUCAGUGGAGCGCUCAACGGCUUGGAGGCCAUGUCCGCCGAGUCCACGGGCCUGUGUCUGCAGGACCUGGUGAGUGCCGGGACGGCCAACGGAGCAGGAUCCGCCGGAUCGGCGGAGAGCGCCACCACCACCAGCACGGCCCUGAGCAGCGGCAGCACCGGGAGCUCCACUGUGAACGGGGGCGGGAGCAGCACUUCCGGCACGGAGCACCUGCACAGCCACCACAGCCUGCACGACUCCAGCUCGUCGGUCAGCAUCUCACCCGCCAUCUCGAGCCUGAUGCCCAUCAGCAGCCUGAGCCACCUGCACCACUCCGCAGGCCAGGACCUGGUCGGAGGCUACUCCCAGCACCCGCACCACGCGGUGGUGCCGCCACACACGCCCAAGCACGAGCCGCUCGAGAAACUCAGAAUUUGGGCCGAAACCGGCGAUUUCCGUGAUAGUCAUAGCUCCAUGACCGCCGUAGCGAAUAGUUUGGAUAGCACCCACUUGAACAACUUUCAGACGUCAUCGACAUCCACGUUAUCGAACCGGAGUCGGGAUCGCAAAGAUGGCAAUCGCAGUGUGAACGAGACCACGAUCAAGACAGAGAACAUAUCAAGCUCGGGCCACGAUGAGCCGAUGACCACCAGCGGCGAGGAGCCCAAGAACGACAAGAAGAACAAGAGGCAGCGGCGCCAGAGGACGCACUUCACGUCGCAGCAGCUGCAGGAGCUGGAGCACACCUUCAGCCGGAACAGAUACCCGGACAUGUCCACCCGCGAGGAGAUCGCCAUGUGGACCAAUCUUACAGAGGCUCGCGUCAGGGUGUGGUUCAAGAACCGGCGGGCCAAGUGGCGCAAGCGGGAGCGCAACGCCAUGAACGCGGCGGUGGCGGCGGCGGACUUCAAGUCGGGCUUCGGGACGCAGUUCAUGCAGCCCUUCGCGGACGACUCGCUGUACAGCUCGUACCCGUACAACAACUGGACCAAGGUGCCCUCGCCGCUGGGCACCAAGCCCUUCCCGUGGCCGGUCAACCCGUUGGGCUCGAUGGUGGCCGGCAAUCACCACCAGAACUCGGUGAACUGCUUCAACACGGGGGCCAGCGGGGUGGCGGUGAGCAUGAACAACGCCUCGAUGCUGCCGGGCUCCAUGGGCUCCUCGCUGAGCAACAGCAGCAACGUGGGGGCGGUGGGCGCCCCCUGCCCGUACACCACCCCCGCCAACCCGUACAUGUACCGCUCGGCGGCGGAGCCGUGCAUGAGCAGCAGCAUGAGCUCGAGCAUCGCCACGCUGCGGCUGAAGGCCAAGCAGCACGCCUCCGCCGGCUUCGGCAGCCCCUACUCCGCCCCCUCCCCGGUCUCCCGCUCCAACUCCGCCGGCCUGUCCGCCUGCCAGUACACCGGCGUGGGCGUGACGGACGUGGUCUGAGAAAACGCCCUGGGUGCGCUGCUCAACCAGCACCAGCACCACUUGCAGCACUUCUCGGGCGGAUCGGGGGUGCACCACGCCGCCAACGGGAUGCAACAGCACGCGGGCAACAUGCUGCAGCACAACAACGGCGGCAGCCUCCUCCUCGACCACUCCGACCUGGGCCUGGGCCCCUCCAGCCACCCGGAGGAGGGCAACCACAGCCUGGAGGGCGGCAGCAAGUCCCCCCUGGAGGCGCCGCUGGCCAACAGCAGCAGCAACAACAACAACAACGAGAACGACGACGAGGACGUCAUCGAUUGAAGAGCGCUCUGACUCGCAGAGGACUAGAAGUCAAACUAAAGGCAGCCUAGCCCUAAGCAUUCAUAAUAAUUUUAGAUGUUUGCCUAACCUAAGGAUACUACUAGCGAACGAAGCCCUAUCCAAAGAUACAAUUUUUUGAAGAACAAUAAUUAAAUUUACCACAGCGAGAGGUCCCUCUGUUUCAUUUGCAUUGAGAUUAAUGCCCUUCGUUCGAGAUCGCCCCGAAAGCCAGCAACUAAGUGUUUUUGUAAAUAAAAGCAAAUAUCUAGGUGUAAGCGCGGAACCCUAACUAAUCAGCCAAAUAGCCAGCCCAAAGAACAUAUAGUCGCUCCUAGUUCCACCUUCAGUUCCCCAUCGUAUAUAUCGUAUAUGUAAACCAAAACGUAUCAGAUUGUAAAGCAGCAUAGGCCGAAAGGAAACCGAACUAAAGCUAACUAUAUAUCAGCGUAGCCGUUUUUAAGGAGUUGUCUAGUCGUAUAGAGAUCCGCAUAUGGCAUAUACCACUACUGUCCGUAUGUGCACCAUGUAUAUCCCACUAAAGAGCCCGUAUAAAUAUAAACUAUUUAAUAAUUGUACACUUAAUAUUAUAGUUAUAGAAAUUGAAUCAAAAGAACAAUAAAAAUUAUGGAAAAAACGCA